AUGGACGGUCUUGUGAAAUUGAUCGAAGAUAUUCGUGCGAGGCUGAUGACAGAGCUGAAGGACGCUAUGAAGACGAAAAACACUGUCAAGUCUAUAACUAUUCGUUCCGUCCUUUCCGAAGUCUACGCUGCAGACAAGGCCGCUUCCGGAACCGCGUCUCCCUCCACGGUAGCGAGCAUCCUUCGAAAAGCCACGGUACGGCGUAUGGACGCUGCGAUUGAGUUCAAAAAGGCUUCGCGCUCAGACCUCGCCGCCAAGGAGCAGCAAGAGGCCGCGAUCCUCGAAGCCUUCCUUCCACCACUCCUUCCCGAAGCCGAGAUCGAGCGCAUCUUGAAGGAGGUUCUGGCUACACCGGAAGUCUCUAAGAUCACUUCGAAGGGAUCACCACAGAAGAUAUUAGGGCAAGUAUUCAAGGCCUUCUACGGACAAGUCGACAAGUCCAGCGUGGAUGCCGACCUUGUGCGGAAACACGCUCAAACUUUACUCGCCAGCUCAUCGUAA